AUGCAUGAAGCAAAAGUUGUAGUGGGCAUCGCGAGCGUCUGCUCCGCGUUCGCCAUCCUCGCCGUCCUCGUGGUGGUGCCCAACCUGUACAGCACCAUCAACGCCGUCAACGACCGCGUCCAGAUGGGCGUGCAGAAGUUCCGCGACGACACCGACGGUGCCUGGACCCAGCUCAUGGAGGUUCAACUCUCCGUGACCCCGCCCAGCAAGCCACGUGAGAACCCCUUCAACUCCAUAUUCCGCCAGAAACGUCAGGCCUACGGAGGACUCCCAGCCUGGUGCCAGUGCGAGCCAGCCAAGCCCAACUGCCCACCUGGCCCACCCGGCCCACCAGGACCCCCCGGAACGCCCGGACAACCCGGUAACCCCGGCCCACCCGGAAACGACGGUGCUCCCGGAGAAGCUGCUGCCCCUUGCCCCGCCCACGACACCAGCUGCAUCAAGUGCCCAGCUGGCCCACCCGGCCCCGCCGGACCCGACGGACCACCCGGACCACCAGGACCCGACGGACAGCCCGGUCAGCCCGGAACCGGCGGCGGCCAAGGACCACCCGGACCCCCAGGACCAGCCGGAGACGCCGGACCAGCCGGUCAGCCCGGAGCCCCAGGACAGCCCGGUCAGCCCGGACAGGACGGAACCCGCUCCACCUCGCAGCCCGGACCCAAGGGACCACCCGGCCCAGCUGGACCAGCCGGCCAACCCGGACCCAACGGAAACCCCGGACAACCCGGAGGCCAAGGACCACCAGGACCCCCAGGACCCAACGGACAGCCCGGACAGCCCGGUCAAGACGGACAGCCCGGACAACCCGGAGGCCCAGGACUCCCCGGCUCCGACGCCGCCUACUGUCCCUGCCCACCACGUACCUCGGUCUUCGUGCACCGCUCUUAA